AUGCCAUUAUCUUCUUUAAGUAAUUUUCUUUCAAUAAAAAUGACAAAUGAAAAUGUAAAUUCGACAAAUAAAUCGAUUCCUAAUAAUUUAUUUUAUAUUCCAAAACGUGUUAUUGUUGCAUUAUUAACAUCACUUGGUUUACUUAUAUUAACUGUUAUUCAAACCAAUUUUGCAAUAACAAAUUCAUUAAUUCUUAAUCCAAAUGAUUCAAAAGAUAUUCUUCUUGAUGAUAAUCAAUUACCAAAUACACCACCAAAAGUAACUUGGACAUCAGUUGAAUUAGGUUAUUUAAAUUCAAUAUUUUAUCUUGGAUAUAUUUUAACACAUAUACCAGCUGGAUUUCUCGGUCAUAAAUAUUCAGCAACAAAAAUAUUUUUAUUUCCUUUAUUAAUUGUAUUUAUAUUAAAUUUAUUAAUGCCAUUAACAAUCAAUGACGUAACUUCGGCAUAUCGAUUAAAUUAUUAUUUAACUGGUCUCGUGAGAUUAAUUCAAGGACUUUGUGCAGGUUGUGCAUUUCCAUCAUCUCAUGGUAUUGUUGCUAAUUGGUGUCCACCAUGUGAACGUGGAAGAAUGGGUGGUUUUAUUUAUACAGGUCUUUAUGCGGGUCCAGUUGUUGGCUUUUUCUUAGGUGGUAUGAUGGCUAAAUAUGCAGGACAUUAUUCGAUUUAUUAUGCAUCAGCUAUUCUUGGUCUUAUUUGGUCUUUAUUAUUUGUAUAUCUUGUGUAUGAUAAACCAACUGAACAUCCAACAAUAUCUGAAGAAGAAUUAAUUUAUAUUGAAAAAAGUAUUGCUGAUGUUAAAUCAUUAUAUGUUUGGGCAUUAUGUUGUGCACAUUUUGCACGUGGUUGGACAUUUUAUUUAUUAUUAACAAAUCAACCAGCAUUUCUAAAUGCAUUUGGAUUUGGUGUAACAGAAAAUGGUACACUUGGAUCAUUACCACAUAUUAUGAAAGUUCUUGUUGCUCUAUCAAGUGGAUUUAUUGCUGAUUAUAUGCGUUUAAAUUUAUUAUGGUCAACAACAAAUGUUAGAAAAUUUAUGACUUGUACUGGAUAUAUAAUAGAAGGAACAUGUCUUUUAAUAAUGUGUCAUGUAGCAAAUCCAUAUGUUGGAAUCGGAUUAUUAACUGUAGGUGUUGGUUCUAGUGGAUUAAUGGUAUCUGGUUGGCAUUUAAAUCAUCAAGAUUUAUCUCCACGUUAUGCAUCAGUUAUAGCUGGUUUUACUGCAGUUAUAGGAACAUCAGCUGGUAUUAUUAGUCCUAUUGUUGCUGGUCUUCUUACUAAAGAACAGGAUUUAAUUGGAUGGCGUCAUGUAUUUACAAUUGCAUCUUUUGUUCUUUAUCUUUGUUCAUUAUUCUAUAUGAUAUUUGCAUCAGGUGAAUUACAACAUUGGGCAACAGGUACUCAACGUGAAGAAAAAAUAAGAAUAAAUUCUGAAAAA